GCCCGUAAAUUCUUUGUGAGGUUCAGAAGUUCAGAACGGUGAUUUGUGCGCGAAACAUUAAAUAAUUUCAUCACUUUUGAUAACUUAAUUUAUAAAUAGAACUUAAGUAAUUUUGUAGUGCUUCUUAUUCUUAAAAUACACAUAAUCUUAAACGACAAAAUGGUUGAUAAAAUUGAUAUGAGUUUGGACGAAAUAAUAAAAAGUCAAAAGCCAAAAGCUGGUGGCGUACGUGGUGCCAGUGGAGCACGUCGUGGCGGCGGAAGACCAAAUCGCGGCGGCGGCGGUAAUACUGACGGACGUCGUAGGCCCGCAGGUGGAGCUACGUUAAAAGGACGUGGUCGAGGAGGUGGAAUACAAAAGGCGAAAUUCGCAAGGGGCGAUGUAAACAGCGCUUGGAAACAUGACAUGUACGACGGGCCAAAACGCGGUAUUUUAAAAGGAUCAACUGAAGUAGCGAAACUACUCGUCUCGAACUUGGAUUAUGGUGUAUCGGACUCGGAUAUUCAGGAGUUAUUUGCUGAAUUCGGCCCGCUGAAGAAGGCAGCCGUACAUUAUGAUCGCUCUGGACGGUCUUUAGGUACCGCUGAUGUUGUAUUUGAACGCCGCUCAGACGCAUUAAAGGCAAUUAAACAAUAUAAUGGUGUACCUUUGGAUGGCCGACCAAUGAAUAUUCAAUUGACCACAUCGGACGUUUCUGCUCUGACAAGAGUUGGUCGUGUCGGAGGAGGCGCUGCUGGUACGGGCGGUAGUCCGGUUAAGCGUAGAACUGGAGCAGCCCCACCUGCCAGACGUGGAGGUAACAACGCAGCACGACGCGGUCCCCCAAAUCGUAAAGGCGCAGUUGGUGGAAAACGUGGAGGCCGCACCAAAGGGCCUGAAAAGACAGCAGCUGAAUUAGAUGCCGAGUUGGAUGCAUAUGUUAAUGAUAUGAAAAUUUAGAUAUAGUAUAAGAGAUUAUUAGCUAAGACUCGACUUUAACUUACAUAUUGACUUUGACUUUAAAAUAUUUGAAAUAAAUGUUACAUGAAUUAAAGAAAAAUAUCUUUAAAACCAAGAAGUACAAGAACUCAGAGCAGUACAUACUUUCAACAUUUUAUACGAUGUCACUGCAGAUUGUAUGUUUUUGUUUAUGUAUCAUCAAUGUAUUAGCUGACUUAAUUAUUAUGCAUUCUUUUUUAAUCAUAAAACUGAAUCCAUAACUAUUUCAAAGUAAACAUUAACAAAUGGUUGUUAAAUUUUUAUAUAUAAUUCGCAUUUUCCUAAAAGUCAAUACCUUUACAAAACUGUAAAUAAAAGAAUGCACUUUCAAAGUAAAAA